CGUAUAAAGCGGAGGAGGGCGGCGCUCGGCUUCAAGCUCGAUCUUUGGAUCCGCUUCCAUCGCUUCGUAAGGUCGCUAGUCAGACUCCUGCAGCCAAAAUGGUGAAGCAGAUUGACAGCAAGGUUGCUUUUCAGGACGCCUUAAAUGGUGCAGGAGAUAAACUCGUAGUCGUUGACUUCUCGGCCACGUGGUGUGGACCUUGCAAAAUGAUCAAACCUUUCUUUCACGCCCUCUCUGAAAAGUACACCAACGUUGUGUUCCUCGAAGUUGAUGUGGACGACUGUCAGGAUGUUGCUUCAGAGUGUGAAGUCAAAUGCAUGCCAACCUUCCAGUUUUUCAAAAAGGGACAAAAGGUGGGUGAAUUUUCUGGAGCUAAUAAGGACAAACUUGAAGCCACCAUUAAUGAAUUAAUCUGAUCACGAUCACGUUUUCUGAAAACCACUCAUCGGCUGUAACAAUUGUUAAUUUUUUUAUUUACGAAAUCAGAUUAAAUAGCCAGACUUAUUUGCAGCUGCCACUGAUUAUACAUAAAAAAUAAAAUAUUAAUUCUACCCUUUUUAAAUCUGGUGUCUGACUAGCUUUCGGAAUAAAUGAAAAGUGACCAUUAGA